CAGUGGGAGUAUCUUAUAUCUCGGACCGGCUCAUCAAUGCUUCAUCUACAAUUGUUCAGUACCACGCGUAACGCAAGUGUGUCAACGUGUCUGUCUGGUUAUCUGCCACUUCUUCGUUUUACAAUCUUCAUUUGUCGUACGAGUAGAUCGAGUAAUUCGUUUUAAUAGUGAAUGGAUAUAAACUAGUGGCUAUAUAAGACAACAAAAGAGACCAUCCUUGUUUCGAACUUCUGCGACAGUGAAGAUUGCCAGGUGUAUAUGGAUUAAUGGGAUUGAAUUGAUUGGCUAUUUGGUGAAUUUCACUGAAACAAGCUCGUUUUGCAGUAGAUGAAAAGAAAUGUAUUAAUAAAAAUCAGAGAGAUGAUGCUGAAUGUGAAUUAUAGCAGGCGUUCGGGCACAUUGCCAGUCAAAGGGUUGCUAUGGAUCAGUCUAUUAAUGUUGGCGAUCACAUGGAGUCAGGCGAAAGACAACAAUUGCUGUUCGGAUGGUCUCAUAUCGUUAGAUACGCAGAAUUGUUCUGAUGGCAAGACGAUUAAUCUCGUGUGCCCAUUUGGUUGGUACAUAGUCGAUCCUGACAUGCGCACGUUCGAUAACUUCACUAUAAUCGAGGAAUAUGGGAAACUGUGGCUGCAGUUUGUAGACACGACAUCCACAAAAAUAGAAGCAGAGAGAUUCUGCGUGGCAAAAAAUCAGCACACUGGUGUCAAAAUUGCUUUGGUAUGCAUAGAUAUUGAAUACGACGGUAUUCAAUGGAGAAACACAUUGUUCUGCACCCUGAGUAUCAUAUCGGCCAUAUUUUUGAUCAUCACCUUGGCAGUUUAUGUUUUGCUACCAGAAUUAAGAGAGAUUCAAGAUAAAGCAAUGAUGGCUGUAGUCACGUCAUUAACAGUUAGCUAUAUCAUCCUUUCUAUUCAGAUGUUGAGGCAGUCGCACGGUGAUGAUUAUCAUAUAUGUGUCUCUCUAGGAUUCAUUCUAUAUUUCGGUUUUAUGGCUGUUUUCUUCUGGUUAAACAUCGUCUCAUUCAAUAUAUGGAGAAUAGUUUGGUUUAAAGAUUUCAUGAUCGGAGAUAAAAUGCUUUUUACUAUUUAUUCUAUUAUCGGCUGGAGUGGACCAUUAUGCUUAUUAAUUGCAAUUUUGAUUACUCAUCACGUAGAAGGAAACCAUCUGAAACCCGGUUUUGGAGAAAGCAGCUGUUGGUUCAACGGACAUGAACAAACGUGGGCGUAUUUUUAUGGACCAAUUAGUAUUUUAUUAACGUUAAACGUUAUCUAUCUCGGCUUAACUGGCUGGCGAUUGUGGCAUCAAUAUCGUGACUACAGCGGAAGCAAAUUACGAGUACUUCGUUUUAAAUGCCUGCUUUACGUCAAACUGAUACUUUUCAUGGGCGUAACAUGGAUUUUUGAAGUGCUUUCGUAUGCUGAUCAUAGUAAACAAGAUUUCUGGAUACCGAUGGAUAUACUGAAUGCGUUACAAGGCUUUAUAAUAUUCCUCUUGUUGGUUGGGACGCGAAAACGAGUGAGAAAGUUGUUGGCCAAGAAGAGACCUUGUGGGAUUGGCUUCCCAAAAUCUUGGGCAGCUUACGAGGAUGAAGAGUGCGAGGAAGUACUACCUGAAGAAGUCGAAUUAUCGCAACAUGAUUAGUGUUUAUAAAAAUAACUUUCUUUCUUUUUCGUCGCUAAUAACGUAACGUAAUAAGACGUGUAGUUUCUUUUUAUACCAAUAUAAUCGACUAGUCGAAGAUAAUCAUGAGUAAUGACAAUGAGACAAAGAAUUACUUCUAUUUAAGUAACAUGGUCGUAUAAAGAUCGUAUAGAAUUUAAUACUCUUUUAAUGAAUCGUCGUAAAAUACGUUUUUUAAGAAUCUCUACAAACAUUGCCCAGCAACAAGUAUCGCGUUAAUUAUCGUGUCAUUUACUAUCAUACGAUUUUUGCCAAUCUGUAGAUUAGCUAAAGAACAAGAAGGUUCACAACUCAUCAUGGCAAUUUCGUGUAAUCUAGUAAUUUUAUUAUUUUCUUCGUAGGCGUUCGUAUCAAACUUUCUCAUUCUAAUCGACUGACGCGACACUUCCGAGACGACGAUUCACCUUACAUCAUCAUGCACUUCUGACGUCUUUGAGUCAUUAAAAACGUGUUAGUCGACAGAUAUCGCAAACGUUAAAACCACGAACGCUGGAGCACACGGAAUAAGAGCGUAAACAUUCGAAGUUGCCAGAAUACUUUUUAUUACCAUAACGAACAAAAUGAAAGAGUUCUAUCUUAAAAUAAAUAUAAGAGACAGAAAAAUGAAUUAUGUGAACAACGUCAAUUAAGUAUGAUAAUAAAAUUAAGCGUCAUUUUUAAUGUAAGCAUUAUAUCCAUUGGCAUAAAAAAUCCAGCUAAUUUUAAUACUAAUUCACGUAAGUUUUAUAUCUUUUACUUUGUAGAAAUUAUAUUUAUAUUAUGUAGAAAUAGAUAGGCAGAAUUUUCUACAAAUUAAAAAAUUGUUUAAUUAAAAAAUUCAAAAUAAUCUACGGUGUGUAAAAAGAGGUAGAGUAAAAACUAAAUUAUCGUUGAUACGCUGCAUUGAACAAUCGUAUUUCUCGUUGCGUGAAGCUAUUACGAUGAUUAAACAAAGCAAUAUGCGCGAGUAACCAAUUAAUUUGUUGCACGAAGACAUGAUAAACGAGAAUAGUGCAAAACAACAAUGACGUGUGUGGUGGUUACCCACAUAUUACUAUGAGUAACGCUAGUAUCGACAUUGCAAAGAUGAGGAUUUGCAUUGUCGUGAUACACGCACGAAUGCAACGUGACGUUUUCCAUGGUGACGGAACAUGUUACUGAUCAAUAUUUUAGCAACGCAAAGGUUGCUGCUACAGCGAGAAAUGCGAAACCUUUAAUACCUUAGCAGUGACUCGUGUGCAAGACGAUUCUUCGGACUUCAAGUUCGAAUUACCGGCAAUUUCAGAAUAUUUUUAUUCUUUAAUUUAUAUAGAAUAAUAUAGCAUAACAGACAGUGAAUUAUUUGUAAGAUGAUUUAGAUCUUAAUUUGUACACGCAUAAGAUAAUUUUCCGUCGAAAGAUGGUUAUUUAUGUAGAGAUUGAUUGGCUAUCCGUAACAUUUGUAGCGUAGUCUAUCUUGAACAUUUUUUUUGCUCGUUAUUCAUAAAAUAUCUACGUUUGUAUAUUAUACAAAUGCGAUAAGUUGCUCUGUAAAAAUAAACGUGCAAAUAAUAAAAUAAGUAUGUCGUUAGCAUAAA